AUGGGAGAGAAACACAAUUCCCCAAAGCCUUUUGAGCCUUCAAUGCUUGGCACUGCUGCCAUGUCUCUUGUCUUCCCUUUUCCAGGAAACAAUACUGAUAAUGAGACAGCUACUGAGCCACCAGAGGUGCCACCAACAGAACCUUCAGGAAACAAUACUGAUAAUGAGACAGCUACUGAGCCACCAGUGGUGCCACCAACGCAACCUUCAGCAGAUUUCUGCCUUGGAGAUCCUUGUGGAACAAGUUCAGCUACGUGUGUUUCCUUACAUAGCAAUUACACCUGCGUGUGCCAAUAUGGAUACUACUACAGCAAUAAGCAUUGUUUCAAAGGGAACGUAUACCCAGUCUCCAUUGUAGUGAGCACACCUUACAGCAAAAAUCUUGAAAUUUUAAAUUCCACAGAGUAUCAAGAACUGUCCAACAAUGUAUCAGCAUUUUUUAAGGAGGCCUUCAAAAAUCUAUCAGGAUAUGUAGAAACUGUCAUCAAGAAAAUUCAACCUCUAAACCAGAGUGAAAACAGAAAUUCUGAUCCAGGACUGAAUAUAACAGUGACAAACCUGUUCACAGAUGAAUCAGAUCAAAAUGAAGCUACAGUUACCAAUGCAAUAGGAGCUGCAAUCAAGAAUGGCCAGUCCUUUGUCAAGUCUUAUCAGGAGGCAAAACAUUGUGAAUUUUACGAAUGUGAUCCUAAAACCACAGAGUGUGAAGAGAAACGGUUUCCAGAAUGCAAAUGCAAAUUUGAUUUACAAAAGACAAAAUGGAAUAAUUAUUCUUGUCCAGUUUGCAGUGCAAACUGCUCUGCAGCAAAACACAAGUACUGUAUACAAGAAAAAGAUGGUCCAACAUGCAAAUGUAUGGUUAACUUCAAAAGGGAGGCUGGAGAAUGUGUGGCUUGUCCAGUGGGCUACUCUGGGGAGGACUGCAGUGACAACAGUGAACUCAUCCUUAUAAUAGUGGGCACAGUGUUUGGAGCCAUUAUCCUGUGUUUAGUGAUAGCAGUCUCUGUUAUUUCAGUCAGAGCAAGGCACAAACAAAAUCCAGAGAAGAGGAGCCUGAUCCAGUCAGGGUAUUCUGACACUGAUGACAGACCAAGCAUGUUCCCCAGGGUCCAGACCACCUCUGGCCAUGCAAACCCAGGAUAUCAGCCCAACAACCCCUAUGAGAUGCGUUCCAGAAGCAGAGAUCAUUUUCCAGAGAGGGAUUAUGAUGAUUUGUAUGAAAUAUCACGGGAGCCCACAGGCUUUAGGAAACAGAGCAGAUACUGAGUGACCAGAGCAGCAG